AUGCUGAGCCCAGAUAUCGGAAUCGGUAUCGGGAAGAGAAAAAGGUACGAGUUUUCACCUCAGACGCUUUGCUGCUAUGGCAAACAGCUCUGUACGAUCUCCAGAGACGGCACAUAUUACAGCUACCAAAACAGUUCACCCAAAUAUGGCCUUGUUGCCGACAGGUAUCACUUCUGUGAGAAGUGCUUCAACGAGAUUCAGGGCGACAGUGUCACCCUGGGAGACGACCCGGCCCAGCCGCAGACGUACGUAUCUGCCGCCCAGAAGGCUUUGAGUAUGAUAUCAAAGGAACAGUUUGAAAAGAAGAAAAAUGACAUGUUGGACCCUGAGCCCUUUGUCGAAUGUAAAGACUGUGGUCGGAAGAUGCAUCAAAUCUGUGUACUGCAUUAUGACGUCAUCUGGCCAUCAGGUUUCAUCUGUGACAACUGCCUGAAGAAACGGGUAUACAUAUCAUAUCUUGACAGUAUUCACUUCUUCAAGCCUCGGAUGCUAAGAACCGCAGUUUACCAUGAAAUCCUCAUCGGUUAUUUGGAGUAUGUUAAGAAACUUGGGUAUGUGACUGGCCAUAUUUGGGCCUGCCCACCUAGUGAAGGAGAUGACUACAUCUUCCACUGUCACCCCUCUGAUCAGAAGAUUCCCAAGCCUAAAAGACUGCAGGAGUGGUACCGCAAAAUGCUGGACAAAGCCUUUGCAGAAAGAAUACUCCAUGACUAUAAAGACAUAUUUAAGCAGGCCACAGAGGACCGGCUUACAAGUGCCAAUGAGCUGCCCUAUUUCGAGGGUGAUUUCUGGCCUAAUGUUCUAGAGGAAAGCAUCAAGGAGCUGGAGCAAGAGGAGGAGGAAAGGAAGAAGGAGGAGAAUACAGCCACCGUUGAGACAACAGAGGGUACCCAAGUUGACAGCAAAAAUGCCAAAAAGAAGAACAAUAAAAAGACCAAUAAAAAUAAGAGCAGCAUGAGCCGCGCAAACAAAAAGAAGCCUGGGAUGCCGAAUGUAGCUAAUGACCUGUCCCAGAAGCUGUAUGCAACAAUGGAGAAGCACAAAGAGGUCUUCUUCGUGAUCCACCUGCAUGCUGGUCCAAUGAUCAACACCCUGCCUCCGAUCAUGGAUCCUGACCCGCUGCUGACCUGCGAUCUGAUGGACGGCCGUGAUGCCUUCCUGACACUGGCCAGGGACAAGCACUGGGAGUUCAGUUCCCUACGCCGCUGCAAAUGGAGCUCUAUGUGCAUGCUGGUGGAGCUACACAAUCAGGGCCAUGACCGAUUUGUGUACACUUGCAACGUAUGCAAGCACCACGUAGAGACACGCUGGCAUUGCACCGUUUGCGAGGACUUUGAUCUGUGCAUUAACUGCUACAACUCCAAGGGCCAUGAGCACCAAAUGGUGAAGUGGGGUUUGGGCCUGGACGACGACAGCAACAACCAGGGCGGCGAAGCCAACAAGAGCCCACAGGAGAGUCGACGCCUCAGCAUCCAACGCUGCAUCCAGUCGCUGGUGCAUGCCUGCCAGUGCCGCAAUGCCAACUGUUCUCUGCCAUCUUGUCAGAAGAUGAAGCGUGUAGUGCAGCAUACCAAGGGCUGCAAGCGCAAGACCAACGGAGGCUGCCCUGUUUGCAAGCAACUCAUCGCGUUGUGCUGCUACCAUGCCAAGCACUGCCAGGAGAACAAGUGCCCUGUGCCCUUCUGUCUCAAUAUCAAGCACAAGUUGCGGCAGCAGCAGAUUCAGCAGCGGCUGCAGCAGGCACAGAUGAUGCGCCGGCGAAUGGCACUCAUGCAGGGCAGAGGAAUGCCUUCCAGUCUGCCCUCCCCAACUACCUCAGGAGGUCCAGGGACGCCCAACUCUCAGCAGCUACAGCAGCCUAACACGCCUCAGACCUCGCAGCCAUUAGCCAACCAGCCCCAGCAGACGCAUCCAAAUGUGGCUGGAAUGGUGCAGACCUUCCCCAACCAACCACCUACACCAGGACCGCAGGGUAAGCCAGGCCCGCAGUCCUCGCCUCUGCCCCAGCAGCAGUCACCCCUGCCCAUGCCGCCUCAACAACAGCCCCAGCCUUCUCCGCAGCAACAGCAGGCUUUGAAGGUUGCGAAACAAAUAGAGAUGAUGACCAAAGUUCAGCAGCAGCAACAACAACAGCAGCAGCAGCAAGACUACAGGAUGAAUAUGAACGUGAAUGGCAUGCCGAUGAACCAACCUCGUAUGAUGACACCCAUGCAAAUGAUGGCACCUCGUGGUCCUCAGAUGGUUCAGAACAUGCAGCCUGGCCAGUGGCCAGCUGGGAUGCAAGGGUCCAUGCAGAAUCCGCAGGCGCCUCCGCCACAGCAAGUGCCACCGCAGCAGAUGGCCAUGGCCCCGCAGCAGUCUCAGGUAGCGCAGACACCGCAACAGGCGCAAAUGAUGCAGCGCGCCAUGAUGCAGCAACAGCAGCAGCCACGACAGAUGCAGUCCGUCAUGCCGCCCCAACAGGCGCAGCCACAAGCCCCGCAGCAACAAGGCAUGCAGCAAAGAGGGUUGACCAGCAGCAUUGCUCCAGGAGCACUGCAGGAUCUGCUGCGCACAUUAAAAUCACCAAGUUCCCCUCAGCAGCAACAGCAGGUCCUCAAUAUCCUCAAGUCGAACCCGCAUCUCAUGGCCGCGUUUAUCAAACAGCGGACGGCGAAAUACCAAGCCAGCCAACCGCAGCAGCAGAACCCGCAGGCCAUGCUCGCAGGUCAGCCAGGGAUGCAGAACAUGGCUGCGAUGCAAACAGGCCCCGUUCAGAGACCCGUCAUGCCACCUCAGCAGCCUCAGCCAGUCGCCACCCAAGCCAUGGGCGCCCUCGGAUCCCAGGGACAAAUGAUGAACCCUGCGCACAAUGGAAACCAGCAGCUGUUCCGCAGGCAACUAAUGCGCAUGCAGCAGCAACAGCAACAACAGGGAGCGAUGCCUCCAGGACGAGGAAGAUUCCCACAACCUCAAGGCCCGGCCAGUUACUCGCAAAUCCGCAUGCAGCAGCAGAUGUCCAUGCAAGGAGGCACUGGGCCAAUGGGUCAGAUGCCGCCCAUGGCUCAGAUGGGCCAGACUGGGAUGAGCAUGGACGCCCAGCAAAACAUGCUGCAACAGCGCAUGAUGCAGCAGCAGCAGCAACAACAGCAGCAGCAGCAGAUGCUGAAGCAGCAAAUGGGAUCACCGGCACAGGCUGCUUCCAUGAGUCCCCAGCCCCACAUGCUUGCAGGACAGCCGCAGGGAGCUCACCUGUCCGGACAGGCCAUGGCCAACGUGCUGGGCAACCAAGUGAGGUCGCCUGCACCUGUGCAAUCGCCCCGUCCCCCGUCCCAACAGCCGCCACAUUCCAGCCCGUCCCCGCGCAUGCAGCCCCUGCCGUCGCCUCAGCACGCCGCCCUGCACUCUGGCGUGUCCCACCCCAGCCUGGCGGGACCCAUGUCCGGCCCCAUGGACCAGGCUCACCUGUGCACACCCGAACAGAAUGCAAUGCUUCCGCAGCUGAACACGCCAAACCGUGGAGGGCUGACCAACGACUUGAGUAUGGUUGGGGACACCACGGGAGACACGUUAGAGAAGUUUGUCGAGGGAUUGUAGCAUUAAGAGACGUUCUUUUUGAAAAGAGAGGUGUGUUUUCUAUACAAAAAAAAUAAAAAUUUGAGAAGACAACUAAAUGAACUAAUAGGUUUACACAACCAAUGGACUUUUUCUUCCUUGUUUGAGGGAUUGAAUUUACUGUGUAAAGAGCAGAAUCACAAAGGGUUUUUUUUCUGGGAGGGUUGUCAGACCGGCAGAAUGGCUGUCCUGGUCUACGAGUUACAUUUUUAAUUGUUUUGUUUUCGUUGUUUUUUCGGGGAGGGCGUUAUUUUGAGCUUAUGGACUUUUUAAAUGGAAUUUCUCAAGGCAAAAUAUUUGGUUUUAUUAUUGAAGACUUUCGUUUUGUAUGUUUGCAAACUGAAAUGCGUUUUUGUUUAGUUUUUUUUGUGUUUUGUGAGUGUGUGUGAGUAUUUAGGGGACUGUAAGAUACUCGGUGUGGAAUUAGGAUCAGGAUCAAUCCUUAUUCCUUAUUCCGUAUUCACAUUUACCAGGUUUGGAAAAGGACACGCCGCCUUUUUCUCUCCAAACUGUGGAGUUUGUACAGAGGACCUGUAUUCAUUUGUACAGAAAGGAGCUUGGAUACUGCGCACACGCAUACACACACAAACGUGAGCAAAUUGUGAAAGUUACUCUUAUUUUUCAAGGUGCCCAAAUGCAUUAAUUUAUUGGCCUGGAUUCAGUCGUUGUCUCUUGUAGGAAGAUGUUCCUGUUUUCUCAUUUGAUCUCUGAAACAUCAAUGAUGUCCCCUCCACCUCGCGUAUGAGGCUGGAGCUUCGUCUGACUGCUGAUUUGUUCAAAGAGUUCUUCAAUCAACCUCUUUUGUUUUUCUUCUCAUGAAACUUGAAUUGAAGGUGAACGAUUCUUUAAUGUAAAUCAUGCAGCUUGAUGACAUACUGUAAAUAAAAGGAAAAAAGAUUGAGAUCGCUGUAUAAACUGGUUAAGAACUUGUUUCGUACUUAUAUACCAUAUUGUUAAAUAAACUGUGUGCAACAGA